GGUUCAAUUCAAAAGACAAAAUGGCAAAUCCUCACUUUUAUUUAUACACAUAAUCAUUUAAGACUUGGUAUCAGUUUGUUUAAGGCCCGGACGGCUAUCGGUUCAGAAUCAAUUUCAUUUUUAAGUUAGUCUCAAGUCACCAGUGUCAGCGGAGUGGCUGAAGCUCUCUCUCUCUUCAAGAUCAUAAAUCAGUAAUAAUAAAAGAGUUCCAAGUGGCUAAAAGUGAAUUCAGGAUUAAAUAAAAAUUAUUAUUGAAUCAGAAGAAAAAUCUAAAAAAAAACAGUGAGAGAAGCAAAGUUGUUUAAAGAAAAUUUAACAAAAAGUGAAGCAGUAAUUCUACUACCUCAACCUUAAAAAAAUAAACUCCUGCAAACAUGACAUCAUUUAUAAGAAUAUUCAACGAUAGGAUCGCUGGUCUUUCAAAUGGAGUUGACAAAACAAUUGACAACUGGCUGCUGAUGAGCUCACCCCUGCCACUUCUGACUUUACUUGGAGCGUAUCUGACAUUUGUACUUAAAGUUGGACCCGCAUUUAUGGCCAAUAGGAAACCAUAUAAUCUACAAAAAGCUAUGGUAGCUUAUAAUGCGUUUCAAGUUAUUUUCUCAACUUGGUUAUGCUAUACUUCAAUUCAAGAAAGCAGCAUUGUUUCCCAUUUGAUGGAAAAGAAAUGUGAAGUGCAUCGAGACAGAAAACAAACUUUACUCUUAUAUUCCGGUGCUUGGUUUUACUUCUUUUCAAAAAUUGUCGACUUCUUGGAUACGAUAUUCUUUGUGCUGCGUAAAAAGCAAAACCAAGUCACAUUUUUGCAUGUUUACCAUCAUACAACAACGGCGCUAUUUUCAUGGGGAUAUCUGAAAUACGCCCCUGGUGAGCAAGGAGUCAUUAUUGGUAUUGUGAAUUCAUUCGUUCACAUCAUCAUGUACUUCUACUACAUGGUAUCAGCAAUGGGACCUAAAUACCAGAAGUUCCUCUGGUGGAAGAAAUACAUGACAUCUAUCCAACUUAUCCAAUUCGUUCUAAUCCUCACUUACAUGAUCAUUGUUGCUGCUAAGGAUUGCAAAAUGCCAAAAUCUCUAACCUUCUUCUUUGUUGUCAACGCCCUGAUUUUCUUGUUCCUUUUCGGAAACUUCUACAGAAAAACCUAUAACAAAAAUAGAAAAGCUGAUGCCACAAAUUCUGCAACUUCUGGAACGAGUGCGAAACCAAAGAAAAAUUCAUUACUCGCUCAAGGCGAUCAAAUGAAACGACUUAUUGAUGUUAACAACAACAAUGCAGCCCCAACAAAAGCGCUCAAGGCCGAAUAGAUUUUGUGUGUAGAGAUUUGUUAUAGGAUUUAUUAUUAUUUUUUUUAAUUAUUAUUUUAAUUUUAUUAUUUUUGUUUAAUUAUACAUAAUUAAUUAGUUAAUUAGAAUAAUAAUUAAGUUAUAGGGUAAAUGAAGGUUUUUAUAAUUUUAAUAUAUUAUUAUUAUUUUUGUAAAACGGGAACAAAUAAUGAUGAGGUUAAAACAAAAAUUAUAAUAUUUGAAUGAAUUGUGACACAAAACAAAUAGAACUGAGUGAAUGAGAAUAAUUACAAAUAAAUAAAAUAAUUUUAUACUGCAGCAUGUGCAAAAUAUAAUAAUAAAUAAAAUGUUUUAAGAGCUGCCAAAAAGCAAAGCGAUACAAAUGGAGAACAAAUCAGCUGAAUUUGUUACUAAACUCUCCAUGAGAGUUUAUGUAAACCACAAAAAAUAAAUGUAAUAAAUGACUUUUUUUAAAUAAAAUAGAAUAUUUUGUAAAAAUUUAAAUAUAA